AUGCCAAACUCCUUGGUCAGAGGCAAUGCUGAAUACAAAGACCGACGAAUCCUGGAGGGUCUGUGCGACGUUGAUGCCAACGGAACAGCGAGAAUAGCCAUCGUCAACACAAGCAGUGAACCAAUGGUUAUAAAGAAAUGGCAAAGAAUAGGCGAAUGGGAAAGCGCGUACCGGGACGAUAUGCACUUCAAAGAUGCUCCGACAGAUAUGCUCUGCAACCAGGGCAAACCAAUGUCUGAGAAAGAAAGACUAGACAAGCUGUUCAGCUUGGUGGUGGGGAAUAGAGAUGGAAGAACGCCAUCGCCAGAGCUGCGUGACAUUAUAACAGAAAAGAAUCAAGUGUUUGCUGUAGAAGACAGUGAAUUAACGCAGACUACUCCAGUCGCUCAUGAUAUCGACACGAGAGACACGAAGCCAAUUCGGCAGAAAACAAGGCCGGUACCCGCAUUGGUGCCCGCUACGAAUUUGAAGAAAUUUUAA